AUGUGGAACCCCUGGCGUGAGAACUUGAAGGACACCCCCAAGGAGAGCCUGAACUGGCGUCUCUGGUAUGGUGUCUUUGUCUUUGGAAUCAUGGGUGCUGCCCGUGGUAUUGACGAAGGUCUGAUCGGCACAACCGCUGAACUCAUUCCUUUUCAGAAGAAGUUUGGUCUCGCAGACAACCACAAGAGCGAGCAUGAAAAGGCAGAGCUCUUGUCUAACAUCACCUCCAUGGUGCAGAUGGGAUCCAUUCUGGGAUCCUUGAUCGCCUUUUUCAUCACUGAUAAGAUUGGCCGUCUCUGGGCUACACGCCAACUCUGCAUCAUCUGGGUCAUUGGCAUCACUAUCUUCCUCACUAGCUCCUUGACUGGAUCUAUUGGCCAGAUCUACGUCGGAAGAUUUAUCGCGGGUGUCGGAAUCGGCCAGACUACUGUCGUUGCUCCUACCUAUCUUGCCGAGACUGCACCAAGGGCUAUUCGAGGUCUCUGUGUCGGUACAUUCGCUGGCUCCGUGUACAUUGGUAUCAUGCUUGCCUACUUUGCCUCCUGGGGCUCGUCCAUCCACAUCUCGUCCAAGACCGACACCCAGUGGCUAGUCCCCAACAGCAUGCACCUCAUGUUCGCCGGUAUCAUUUUUCUCCUCUCUUGGUUUGCCAAGGAGAGUCCUCGUUGGUUGAUCAAGGUUGGUCGCCACGAGGAUGCUCUGAAGAACUUGUCGAUUCUUCGCCAGCUUCCCGAAGACCACCCCUACGUCACUUCUGAGAUUAUGGACAUCAACGACCAGCUCAACCGUGAGCGCGAGGCUACCAUGGGCACCUCCUGGCUCGGCCCAAUCCGUGAGCUAUUCAGCAGCAAGGCCAACCUCUACCGUAUCCAGCUCUCCGUCUUUUCCCAAUUACUCUCUCAGUGGUCCGGCGCGAACAGCAUCACCAUCUACGCACCUCAAUACUUCGCAAUGAUGGGUAAGACUGGCCAAAGCGAGAAGCUCUUUGCCACUGCCAUCUUUGGUGUUGUCAAGUUCGUCAGCUCUAUGCUCUGCGCUUUCUUCCUCAUUGAUUAUAUUGGCCGCAAGCGCUCUCUGUCUACCGGUAUCACACUGCAACUCGUAUCCAUGCUGUACAUGGCCAUCUUCCUGCUCAUCGACACCGGCAUUGGCGAGAAGGGCGCUGUACAAACCUCGAGCCAGAAGCAUGCUGCCAUGGGCGCCAUUGUCAUGAUCUACUUCUCCGGUUUCGGAUGGGCUCUCGGCUGGAACUCGAUCCAGUACCUGAUCAACUCCGAGAUCUACCCUCUCCGUCUCCGUGCGCUCGGUGGCUCCAUUGCCAUGACAUUCCACUUUGUCAACCAGUACGGAAACUCCAAGGCCGUGCCCCUCAUGUUCAUCUCCAUGACCCACGGCGGCACUAUGCUUUUCUUCUCGUGCGUCACUGCCAUUGGUCUUGUUUGGGUCUGGUUCUUUCUCCCAGAGACCUCUGGCAAGUCGCUCGAGUCACUCGACGAGAUGUUCAAUCUGCCCUGGUACCUUAUUGGUCGCAAGGGCGCAGAGCUUACUCGCGGCACUGGCGCCAUGUCUGAGAUUCUCGACCAUGCUGGCGAGAAGGCUACCACAGUCGAGGUGGAGAACGUUGAAACCCAGAACCAUCGCGCUGAAGCCAAGGCGUAG